ACAGCCCGAAUGACGCUCGGCUCGUGUUCGGCUCUGCGAAGUCAUUGUAUGUAAACAAGGUCAAGUAUUCGCUGCAGCAUUCAUUCUCCUCUGACUCGCUGGACGACUUUCUCCGUGGAAGGACCCAUCCUGCGGCACAGCACACCUCUCACAGUUAUUUCCUCUGGUGAAGGAUUUCUGUGAGCAGCAGCCACCAUGAUGCAGUGUCUUCAGUUUCUGGUUGAACCGACCAGGAAUGUUACUGAGAAGUUUAAGGAGUUUCAUAAGAAGGUGAAAAAUGAGAAGAAAGAACCGCUGGACGAGAGCCAGCAGUUCAUUGUCAACCUGGCCAAGGAUCUGGGACGCGUCUGUCAGAGGUCAGAGGUGUUGGAGAACAUCUCAAAGAGUGAGGAUGUGUGGCCCACUCUCACCUGCAAGGCCUUCAUUCUGGAGUGGGCAUCGCUGCUAGAGAGCAAGAAAAGACCAAUGCUGACUGAUGGAUGGCCAGAGAGAAGUGACUGGAAGGAUCUGGCUCUGAGCAGUGAGCAGGAUAUGGAGAGCGCCAAGAGAGUCAUUCUCACCUGGACCAAAGACCUGAGGGCCCAACCUGAGCAAAGUGUGUGGCCUGGAGAGCAGGUGGUGGCGGCUUUGGAUGACUUUGAGAAUCACUGGAAAAAAGGUCGGAUGGCCACCCUGCAGUCGGCCAUGGAGCUGGUGUUCUGGAUGCUAAUCAACAAAGAACUAGACAAGGAGAACAUUCCGCAAAAGUGGCUUAUGUGGAAACAGAGGAGCCAAAAAAUAGGUUCCACCCCAUAUAUUCCUCAUGUAGUGUGGGACUGGAUCAGUGAUGCAGGAGUGGAGGUGACCCUUGACCUGGACACGGCCAACCCUGACCUGCUGAUCUCCGAGGACGAGAAGCGUAUGCGGUGCGGUUUCGAGCGCAAAGAAGUGCCCAACUAUCACCAGCGCUUCGACGGUUGGUGGUGUGCGGUGGGAACUGAAGGCUUCGCCUCUGGCCGCCAGUACUGGCAGGUGGAUGUGGGAGAAAUGGACUGGCGCAUUGGUGUGGCCAAAGAGUCCGCCUUGCGUAAGGGCUUCAAGUCCCUGAACACCGACACUGGCUACCUGAGCCUGCGGCUGGAGCGCGGCACGGAGCUGAAGGCCCUCACCGUGCCGUUCACCACCCUGCCGGCCACCUUGAUUCCUCGAAAGGUCGGCAUCUACCUAGACUACGACCAGGGCCAGCUGUCCUUCUACGACGCGGAGAACCGCUCCCACAUCUAUACCUACAACGAGACAUUUGACGAAAAGCUCUUCCCGCUCUUCGGAACGGUGGAGAUCGUGAAAGACCUGGUGAUCAGAUCCCCCAGGAACAGGAGCCACUGCCUGUGUCCUGGCAUAUGUCUGUGGGGUUGAGAUCCAGCCGAAUCUCACCGGAGCCCAGUGCUUAAUCUCUAGAACAGUGGUUUUCAACUGGACGCAACCUUAGUAUGUUGCCAUUUGUACAGAUAGGGUCACAGGAUCACAAAUGCAAGUCUUUUUACCCAUAGGGAUUUUGUCAAGUGAUUUAAGUCAUGAACCAAACCAACCAACAAUGAGGUGAAUCACAACAUUACAAACUCUGCUUAGAAAGGACUACAAUCCCAUGACGCAUUGUGAAUGACAUCAAUGAAAUAAAUAACAGUGGAGACACAUAUUUUAGUAGUUUGAGAGCAUUUGUGAGCUAUUGUGUCAUUCGCAGUGCAUCAUGGUAGAGGGUGGGUGCUAAAGAAUUAUAUUGGCACGGUUUGCUUUUUUCAGUUCCCUGAUUGGUGGAUAUUACUCUGUAGAAUCAUGGGUAAUGUUGUUUUUCACUGGAUGAGAAACAAUCAAAAUUCAAACGACAAUUAGAAAACGCUCAAGCUUUGAAGACAAUUUCCUUCUUCAGCCAAUACCAUUCCAGCUAACAAAACUAUAUUCUGACAACAUUUUGCUAACUUCUCAUUAAGCUAUGAAAGUGUUCUCCAAAACAUAGGGUUAUGUGAAGAAGGUUAGAGAAAACAUUAAGGGAAUAUUCCAUUUGAUCAUUUUGCAAACAUUACGGGAAUGUCACGUUUAAAUGUUCUCUAGGUAGCAACAAUUAGAUGAACAUCCAAUGUUUCAGAAAAAAAACAUCCCAUGAAUAAUCUAUAAAUAAUGUUUUGCAUGCUAAAGUUUUGAGAACAUUAUUAAAGUCCAGAUGUGACUUUAAACGAACAUUCUAUUAAUGUUACUGGAAGAACAUUUCUUCAUAGCUUUUGAGAGAACGCUGCCAUAACCUUGUUCACAGUUCUGAGAACAUUUCCUGUUAGCUGGUAUGCUAAUAAUUUUGCGAAAUUGUGAGCCUUAGCAGUUUAUAGUAAGAUUAAGAUGUUUGUGUAUUUGAUGCUAAGGACUACUUUUUGGGUGUUGGGUCACUUGAUGUAAAAUUUGGGUCCUGAAGCAAAACCAGUUGAGAACCAGUGUUCUAGACCUCAUUAGUAUUAGAUAAACCACUGGGCCAUAUUAGUUGGUCAGUUCGUAGUGAUUGACGGUGAUCCAUAGCAUUCACGACCAGUAAUUCCAUCAAGGUAGUGUAGGAUCUCUUUCAGCUACUGCUUCUGUGGUACUUCUGAACCUGCUGCUGUCUGCACCUUAUUAUAAUACAGUGUUCGCCUGCUCUGUCUGCACUUUCAUAUUCAUUUGACAAACUCAAAUCAUGACAUGAAAUGCACUUUAUGUGAAUAAUAAAUCAAAGUAAAUUCAA